AUGUCGCGCCCCGGGAUGUUCGACGACACGCCCGGCGCACACACCAUGUUUGGCCGCGACUACCUCGUCACCGCCGCCCACGGCGUCGCCGGCCCGCUCACCCUCUGCGAGCGCUGCUUCUGGCCGCCCGUGCUCGCCGCGUUUGGCGCCGAGUACAAGCUCGAGGCCGACGCCGCCGCCGCCGACGCCGCUGUCAUCGACCUCCCGCCCGUCGCCUUGCCGCUGUUCGGCCCGGGCGUGGCGUUCACGCUCGACGCCGUGUGGCGCGUGACGCCGCUCGCCUCGCCCCCCCUCUCUGCGCCGCACUGGCUGGCGGACGAGCGGCCGACGGCGCGCCUGCUCGACGGCGUGUGGGCGGCGCUCCCGGGCGAGCGCGGCGGCGGGACCAACGCGCGGCGGGUGCGGCAGCUGGAGCGCGGGCCGGACGCGACGCCGGUGCUUGUUGGCACGCACGCGCUCAUCUUCCUCCGCAACGCGCUCGACUCGGUGCCGUACGUGACGGGCGCCGUCCGCUCGCGGGCGUUUGGGUGGCUCGCCGACGAGUGGGCCGACGCGUCGACGGGGACGCGGCCGUUCGCCAUGUCGGGCUUUGGGCGGUGGUUCAAGGAGCACGGCGCCGAGCACUUUACGGCCAACCACACGCGCCAGCAGGUCUACGACCGGCUCGUCCGCUACUUUGUCCGCCGCGUCGUCGGUGGGUGCAAGGUCUGGUCGCGCACCGGCUAUUCGCCCGAGACCGCCGACGACGCGCUCUUCGAGUGGUCCGAGCUCCCGCGCGGCGGCCCGCCGAUGCUCGUGAGCCUCCGCAACGCGCUCAACGCCGUCCCGGCCGUGCCCGACGCCGCAUCCGGGCGCGCGUUCGGCUGGCUCGGCUCGGGCCGCGACGCCGACGUCGGCGGCCGGGCCUUUGACAUGUCCGGCUUUGCGGACUGGUUUGCCGAGGACGGACGGAGCUACUUUCCGGCCAGCUACUCGUGCAAGCAGAUCCUCGCGUGUCUCAAGUGCUACUUUGCGGUGCGGGUGUAUUUAUCGGCGGCACUCUCCUUUUUUUAA